AUGGAGUCCUGGACCUGCUGCCUGUGGCCCCAGUGCCUUUCUACCCUGGACAUCUCAGCCAAGAUGACAAGCCUGCUCCGCCACAUAGACUUGUACCCCAGAGUGGGUGCCCUGGCAGGCCCCGGCUUCACUCUCCUCCUGUCCCUGUCCCUUACUGCCCACUGCUCCCGUCCCCAGGAAGGGCUGGAUGCCAGCGGGGCUGACCUAUGGGCCAGGGCCAACAGCUCCCUGCUGCAGGGCUUCUGGUGCCAGCCAGCUAGCCAGCUGACCCGGGACCAGCUCUCAGCUCUCAUCAGGAGAAUGGCCAAGCUGCAGGUCCUCCUUGAAGCCUGGCAGCUCAGCUGCUUGGCCAACUUGGCAGCGCAACAUAGCCUCCUGGGGGACUUCAUGCUCCACCCGCCGGACCUGCUCCUCUUCUACAACCUGCCCCAGGUAAAGGAAGCUGACUGCCGUGCCUUCACCUACCACGCUGCCCAGGGCCACCUGGAGCUGCUGGCCAACCUGCCUGACCAGAGAGCCGCCCUGCACCGCGCAGCCUGGGCCUGCCUGGGGGGGCUACCCCUGCGGCUCAGAGCCUCCGACCUGCUGCUCCUUGGAGUGCUAGUGUGCGACAUGGACCCAGCCAUCAUCGUGACUGCAGACCCUCAUGUGCUACAGAACCUGCAGCGCUGCCCACAGCUGACAGCUGCCCAGAGGGCUGCCCUCAACAUGCUGCUGGCCAGUGGAAGGACCCAGCUUGGGCUCCCUGGCUCCUGGACUCUGGAGGGACUGCAGGUCCUGGGGCCCCUGGCGACCUACAUCAGCUCCCACCUGUGGAUGCAGGUGCAGCAGGCCGUGGGCCUGGAUUUCUUCCGUAGCAUAGUGGCUGCAUGCCGGGCAGGGCGACUCAGCCAGAGAGAUGCCAGGCGCUUUGUCACCAGUUUUCUGGAAUCCAAGGCUAACUCUGUGUCCUCAAGGCCCAAGAGGUCCUGUGUCCGUGGCAACAUCACGGCAGCCACACUACAGGACAACCUCUUUCUGGUGCACUAUGACUGCGCCCAACUCGAGUCCUGCCUGAGCAGCCGCAUGGUCAGGACCAACCUAGACCCCCUGCUGCAGCACCCACUGCCCGCUGAGUGCCAGCGUGUCGUCAAGGCCAAGCUUGCCCAGAUCUACCCACGAGGCAUCCCUGAGGACCAGCUGAGGCUCAUCACCUCACUCAUCUACCUCUACUCCCUCACUGAGAUUGGCCAGUGGAACAUCACAUCCGGGGACACUGUCGUGGCCCUGCUGGCCUCGGGUGUGGCCCUAGAGAACCAGACAGAGGCUGUCCUGCAGAAGUUCCUGGACCACAACGGUACGGUCACCAGUGCUCUGCUGGUGGCCAUUGGGGGCUACCGCCUCUGCUGGAUGAGUCCCCAGCAGAUCCAGACAAUCAAGCCUUUGGAGUUCCGGCUGGCCGGGGCCCUGGACAUCUCCUCCUGCCCACAGACCCGGAAGGAUGUGCUUUAUGCCAAGGCCCGGGAGGCCUUCAGCAACACCAGGACCUCGGGUGACUACUACCACUUAAUGCGCCCCUACCUAGGUGAGGCCCUGCCCCGCACUCCCUUAGGAGCUUUUGCUCCCUCACCCCUGCCCGCAGGUGGUGCCCCCGUGGAGGAGCUGCAGCACCUGGCCCAGGCCAACAUCUCCAUGGACAUCGAAACCUUUACCAACCUGAACCCCCAUGUGCUGCAGACCCUGAGUGUCGGCAAUGUGACCACGCUGCUGGGGCAGAACGUGGGGGACCUGCGGAAGGCUCGCAGCCACCCCACUGUCAGCUCCUGGCUACACAGCCUCAACAGGUCAGCCCUGCGCAUGCUGGGCCUGGACACUGACCUUGCCAGCCCUGCCAGCCCAACCCCUGAGACCAGUGGGUCCCCCAACACCACCUGCCUGACACCUCACGUCAUCCACACUGCUGGCCUGCCUGGAAAGGAUGCCAAGGCCCCCACAUCAGGCAGCACACCAGCCCCUAGGGGGUGCCUGCCGCUGGCUGUGGCCCUGCACUCUGGCCUACUAUGGCUGCUGCAUCGAUGCACUCUGGGCAUAACUACACCUGCUCGCGGGGCACCUGCAACCUGGCCUCCCUGGAUGGUGCUGCCCGAAGGCAGGCAGGUCCACAGGCGUCACAUUCAGGGAACACAGGACCACAGGGUGGGGCUAGACCCCAGCUCAGGCUGA